UCUCAGGCUGAUGUGGCGCAGACAUACGGCGGCUCCGCCAACCCGAGCUGUUCGAGUGCUUUCUCUUGCUAGAUGCUGGGGACAGAAGAUAAUGCUGAAGGAGUCCCACAAUGGAAAUAUUCAAUACCAGCAGUUUCCACCCCGAGUAUUUCGUUCUGAUUGGAAUUCCGGGCCUGGAGGAGUCUCACUUUCUCCUUUCCAUCCCGUUCUGCUCCAUGUACGCUCUCGCUCUGAUUGGCAACUCCCUUCUGUUAUUCGUCAUUGGAACCAACGAGAGUCUCCACCAACCCAUGUACAUUUUCCUCAUGAUGCUGUCAGCCACGGACCUCCUGCUCUGCUCUUCUGCUGUACCCAAAGCCCUCAGCAUCUUCUGGUUCAAGUCCCAUGAGAUAGAGUUUAGUGGCUGCCUUCUCCAAGUCUUCUCCAUUCACUAUCUCUUUGUCAUUGAGUCUUCUGUCCUUCUGACCAUGGCCUAUGACCGCUAUAUUGCAAUCUGCUCACCUUUAACAUAUAAAGUCACCGUGACCAACUCAUUCAUUGUGAAGAGCGCCCUCCUAUCGGUGGCCAGAGCCUUCUGCAUAAUCACGCCCCUGGUCAUUCUCCUUAACCGGUUACCGUACGAGCGCAGCAAUGUGAUAGCUCACACCUACUGUGAACAUAUGGCAGUGGCUAAACUGGCGACUGCAGAUACCUUGGUCAAUAGUGUCUAUGGCCUUGCUGCGGCGUUCUCCUCAACUGGCAUGGAUAUGAUCAUCAUUGCCGCAUCCUAUGUGGUUAUUUUUAGGGCUGUUCUGAGACUCCCUGCUUCUGAAGAUCGAUUUAAAGCCUUCAACACGUGUGGUUCCCACCUCUGUGUCAUAAUAAUGUUCUACAUUCCAGCUUUCUUUUCAUUCAUUGCUCACCGGGUGGGGAAAGACAAGAUACCUCCAAGUGCCCACAUCCUGUUGGCCAACCUUUAUGUCCUUGUGCCUCCAAUGAUGAAUCCCAUAAUCUACGGUGUUCGAACCAAAGACAUUAGGCAAAAAGUUCUGAGCAUGUUCUAUAAGAAAUGGGACAGGAAUAAACACUUUGGCCAGUGUGGGGCGCUUGAAGCCUAAGAGGGACUUGCUAUCCUAACCAUGGAAGCUGACCAUCUACACGUGGGAAUUGUAUUUUCUUCUAACUUUAUUUUAGAUUCUUAGAAAGAGACUUCAUAUCUGUACCUGAUAAUGACCCACUGUGCCCAAGUGAUAGACCUCUGAGAUAUGGACAAUGUUCAGGCUUCCUCUUGCUCUGCUUAAUAAAUUACCAGUAAAAUU